AUCAAAAUGGCUUUACCGGGGACAAGGCACCUUUGUUUUAGUCGCUGUAAGACCAAUUUAUACACAGUUAUACGAAGUAUAGCUAGCAGUCAGACAUUUUGCAGAUCAGCUUCCAAAGACAACAGAGAAAACAAACAUGACUUGCCUUUGGAGGGUAUAAGAGUUAUUGACAUGACAAGGGUGUUAGCUGGUCCAUACUGUACUAUGAUCCUGGGAGACUUGGGAGCUGAGGUGAUCAAAGUUGAACGACCAGGUAUAGGAGAUGAAACAAGAUCUUGGGGACCGCCAUUUUGUGGAGACCAAAGUGCCUACUUUCUGUCUAUAAACAGGAACAAAAAGAGUGUAGCAGUGAACUUCAAGUCUCCUGAUGGGAAUCAAAUAAUAAAAGAGUUAAUCAAGAAAAGUGAUGUCCUCAUAGAGAAUUACAUCCCAGGAAAGCUAGGAGAGAUGGGGUUGAGUUACCAAGAUCUUCAGGAGGUGAAUCCCAGGCUGGUCUACUGUUCUAUUACUGGCUACGGCCACACUGGUCCAUAUUCACUAAGAGCAGGCUAUGAUGUCAUAGCAGCAGGUGUUGGGGGAUUGAUGCAUAUAACUGGACCUGCUGAUGGAGAGCCGUGCCGUGUUGGGGUGGCUAUGACUGACCUCUCUACAGGACUAUACGCCUAUGGUGCCAUCAUGGCAGCACUUUUAUAUCGUAAUAAGACUGGACAUGGGCAACACAUAGACUGCAACUUACUAAACACUCAGAUAGCCACAUUGACCCACAUAGCCUCCAACUACCUCAAUGCUGGGCAGGAGGCCAAGAGACAUGGGACAGGACAUGAAAGUAUUGUACCAUAUCAGGCCUUCAAGACAUCCGAUGGCUACCUAACAGUGGGAGCAGGCAAUAAUGUCCAUUUUGAAGUUCUUUGCAAGAGAAUUGGUAUGGAAGAACUUUUGAAAAAUCCUAAAUAUUCCAGCAAUAAAAGUCGAGUAAAGCACAGACAGGAGUUGAUAGAGGCGCUGGCACAAAGGUUCUCCCAGAAGUCCACUUCAGAGUGGCUGGACAUUUUUGAAGGGUGUGGCAUGCCCUAUGGCCCUAUUAACAACAUGGAAGGCGUGUUUAACGACCCCCAUGUCUUACAGACUGGUAUUGUCCAAAAGAUGGCGCACCCAACAGCAGGAGAUAUCCGAGUGGUCGGUCCAGCAGUAAGGUACUCGGACUUUGACCUGGUCCUCCAGUGCCCCCCUCCAACCCUGGGGCAACACACGGGGGAGGUGCUGCAGGAACUGCUGGGGUUUUCAUCUAGUCAAAUACAAGGAUUGGCUGAGAAGGGCGUGGUCGGUCUAUAAGAGGGCGGGGCAUGAUGAUGAAGUUUUCAUCCAAUGAAAUACAAGGAUUGGCUGAGAAUGACAUGGUUGGUCUAAAAGAGGGCGUGGCAUGAAGAUGACCAUCUUUUCUAAUUUCUAUGUACUUUACGUAUUUUACUUACGGUGCAUUUGAGUAAUGAAUAGGUAUGCAAAGUACAGAGCCGGGUUCGAUAUUACUGCCGGAACAGAUUAAAGUAAGAAUAAGAAAUUUUGAUUCUGGGCAGUUUGAAAGAUCAAUUUUGAUUAUACGGUAAUUGUAACCACAUAGAAAACCGUGAUUCUGGCUUGCUUGGACAACUCGGCGUAUUGAUGAACUCGAGAUCGUUAUGCAUGGGGACACGGUAAUGUGAUAGAUGGCUAGAGGCUUGGUGGAAGUAUCAUACCUGAGACAAAAAUUAUUACUAAACUAAUGAUUGACUGCAAGGGGCGUGCUGCUAUUUAGAGGGUUGUGUGGCUUAAAGGUUUGUGCUAGUAUCGCUUUUGAGUAUAAAUCUGACACUAGUUUUGAAUUAAUUUUGAAACUGUGUAAGUCUGAAUUCAAGCAUAAGUUAUCUAGUAAUUAUAGUAGGUAAUAAAUGGGAAUAUACAAAUAUGAAUGUACGAAUUUGACUGUGAUAUUUCAAGAGGGAUAUUUUAAGUGGCCAAUGUGACUUAUAGUAAUUAAAGUUA